GCUUAGCAUUUAAUACAAAGAUCUUCAAUAUGAAAUCGUAUCUCGCCAUUUGCCUGCUACUCGGCCUCGCUCUUAGCCACGUUAGUGCAAACUGCUCGAGAGAUUGUCCAGAUACUGAGGAUGUUGUUUGGGCCCUUGGAGGAGGAUGCAAUGUCUUCCGGAACAAGUGCUUCUUCGAUAAGGAGAAUUGUCACCGCAAGCCAGCGCUGAAGAUCACAACCAAGGAGGAGUGCCAGAAGCUCUGUGCGGAUGCUUGUCCACAGGUGUACCAGCCCACAGGUGGAAUCUAUAAGGGUCAGCUCCGGAGCUUCGGAAAUGAGUGCGAAAAGAUUGCUCACACCUGUCGGACUGGCGAGACUUUUUUGUAAACCGGGAGACUUAUCAGAGAGAUUUCAUAAUAAAGUGAUAUAUACCUAAUUUAAUUAUUGGAAUUUCCCGUCGACAAAUUUAAAAGAUGUUUUGAUAGUUCAGAAAUUGUGAAAUAUGUAUUACGUGAAAGCUAAAAUAAAUAAAUUUAUUAAAGUAAAUAAAGUCAUUCGAAUAUUUAUUUUAAAACACGUAUUGAAACUAAUGAGCUAGCUUUGAAGGUAAAAUAGAUAGCAUUUAAUUACUGAAAACCAGACAAAAUCAAGUUUAAACUCUCACGCUUCAUGACAGCACGUUUGUUUAACGUCAAUAAAAGUAUAUGAAGGAUAUUUAAGAU